CAAAGCUAAAAGAUGUCCAGUACACGUACUGCAGCACCGUUGGCACCAAUCGGUAUGUGUUGCGGUUGAACGAAUCGAAAGUACACGUGGAUCGCGCGAAAGAGUCCCUGGAGACGGUGAACAACAUCGGUAUGGAGUUGUACCCGGGCAUUCAGAUCAGCUCGAAAGUGAACAAAAUCAACGGCGAGCUCGAUGACAGCAAGCGCCAGCUGACGGCACUCUCGGUCAUGCUGGAUCGUCGCACCGUGGCCGAACACUAUGCGGAUGCAACCAGAAGCUUGUGCGAGGGUGGCCUGCUUGGACUCACCUUAAUGCUGCUGGCCAGCUUAGUUUCUGCAGCCAUUUUAAGCUUGCUCGUUUGUGUCGAUUCGCACACAUGGAUUUAUCUGACGAAAAAGCGUCCGGGUUACGAGGAUAAGGCGGAAACGACUCCACUAUUUCCGGCGGGUGCAAACGCAUCACCGGCCGCACCAAUCAUCGCUUCCGGCACGAUGACGAUCAAUCGAACGCUGCUGCACGCACAAACCGCCACGAGCAAUGGAUCGACGGGUGGGGUCGGAGCCGGAGCGGGCACCGGCACCCUCAUCCCGACCAGUGGUCGAAACGGCACCACCCACGGAAUGCGCGGGUUUGCAUCCUAUAGUGGCGAUGAAUCACCGCCACCAGAUUAUAACGUUGUGGUGCAUGAUAACAACAGAGCAUCUGGGCAUCACACUCUCGGGCGGCUACCGUCGCAACACGCACCGAUGAUGGGACCGAAUAAUGGCAAAUACGCCACCCUAAGUAAACAGUGCAAAACGCUCGAAUCGAACGAUUUCUACUGAGAAUCGCCUGCCUGCAAUAUGUCUGCAGGCAGCAAUAAGCUAGAUAAGAAACUGACAGCAUCAUCCGCAACACUAUCCGACAAAGAUCCGCGCGACAUUUCCAACAAUGGCUUCAAUCGCUUCGACCCGAAAUAUGUCAGCAUUGGGCCGAAAGCUAUCCGCAACACGGUCAGCAACGUAACAGCAAAUGUAAACAAGUGUGCCACUCUGCGUCACGGCGGCCGUUACGGUGGUUCGUUAAGCGUUAGUGCUGGAAUGGGGGGAGGUAGUGGUCAUCACGCCGUAGCCGGCCUCGGUGGUGCUCGGUCGGGCACAAGCCCGAGCCCGAAUCUCAAAAACGUUCAACAACCAAUGUUGAGCCAAAGCCAAACACAGCAAUACAAGCAGCACCAUCAGGACCGGCAGCUGUUGUCGUCGGGCACUACUUCCAUAAUGACCGUCGAUGGCGGAACGGACCGUACCGAGCAAAAGCUCGCCAUUUCCACCGUGUCGAAGGAGUACAACCAGCAAUCCUACUCGUGUGCAACGCUGCCGUACAAGAAGCCGGGAAGUGGCUACACAGAAACAACGACCGCACCGGCCACGGUAACCACAUCGAUACUGAAGAAGGAAAGCAAUCUCGAUAGCCAACGGUACGCGCCAACGGUGUACAGCAUCGACACAUCCGCUUACCACCAUCAGCGGGAAGGCAGUGGUGGCGGUUUCCAUCACCAUUCACAAUCCUCCCAUCACCAGCAAUCGCUUGCCCAACAAAAUCAGCAGUUACAACAGUAUCAGCAGCAGCAGCAGCAGCAGCAGCAGCAGCAGCAACAGCAGCAACAACAGCAAACACAUCACAGAUCGCUGUCGAGCACAAAUCAGUUGUAUCAGGAGACGGGAGCGGGCUCGGUAUUCGCUAGUCCACCACCGUCAAUCGCGUCAACUGCGACCACGCGUUCAAACGUGUCGAUCAUUAACCAACCGCUGCCGGACAUACCGACCAGCGCUGGCGGUGGCAGUGGCAGCACUGGUGGCAAUUCGAUCAAAAACAGCCAGCAGCCGCUCUGUGCCGCUACGCUGAACCAGUACCGUUCGCUGCAAAGACCCCACAAGCAGCAUACCGGUAGCAGCGGUCUGUCCGCCCUCGCGACCUCAACGGGACUGGGAAAACCCACCAUUCCUCCCAAGGUGACCCCACCGAUGCUGCCGCCAAAGAAUCGACACAAAGACGAAUCGCAGUACCAAAGCAAAUCGGCCGCGUUGGCAUCCGGUGCGGGCGGAUCCGUCGUAACCCCUCCACUGCCAUCCUCACGGCCACAACAACCGUUACCUCAACCACCACCGCCACCACCAACACAAUCGCUUCACCACCAUCACAGCCAGGCAGGCGGACAGCAAACGAAGGCUUCUUACGGUGGCAGCAGUGGCAUGAGUAUAUCGAGCAAUUUUAACGCCAUCCAGCAGCAGCUGCAGAAUCAGCUUCAUUUCAAGCAGUACCAUCAGCUUACCCAGCAACCGUGGCAGCGGGAACAGUUACCCCAGCAAUCGGGGCCGAACGUGAACAGCAUUUUGAACGCUGGUAGCUUUGCAAAUUACGAUCGACAGCAGCAGCAGCAGCAGGCUGGUCUCAGUGCUUCCAGUCGCAAUCGUUCAUAUUCGGGCGGUAGCAGCAGCAUCGAUCAGCCACUGCCAGCACCGCACCCCAAACCUAGCAAUAUUGAGAAGGCCAAGAGCCAUCACCACUCGUCGUCCGUUAGUGCACCGGCCCCCAGUGGAGGUGGCUCAAUGGUGGCGAAUUAUCAGACUCUUCCGAAAAAUCACCAUCAUCAUCAUUAUCCACAGCAGCAAACACCACAACAGCAGCAACAACAACAAUACCUGCAACAGGGUCAAUCGAGUUCGUUCGGUUCUACGAGCAGUGCGGGCCAGCAUCAGCCGCAGCCAAAGAGCAUCCUCAGCAAAACACGUCCCAACGAAACACGCGAACGGGAGCAGCGUGAGCGUGAACGAGAACAGCGGGAAAGGGAUCGAGAACGGGACCGGGAACACCAUCGUGAACGAGACCGUGACCACCGUGAUCGAGACCGGGACAGAGACCGGGAACGGGAAAGAGACCGAGAUCGGGACCGGGACCGAGAUCGCGACCGUGAUAAGGAUCGAGAUCGGGAGCGAGAUCGUGACCGGCAUCAGGACCGAGACCGGGAACGAAACAGAGACCGAGAACAUCGGGAACGAGACCGGGAACGUGAUCGGGACCGAGAGCACCGUGAUCGGGAUCGUGAACGGGAGAAGGAUCAGGACCGCGACCGUGACCGUGCCGAACGGAGUCACCAUCAUCGAUCUAGCCAUGAGUAUCAUCACGACUCUAGCCAUGGUACGCAGGCGAGCAGCAAAAAUCCGAACGUGUACUAUCGGUCGCUGCAGCGCGGCGGUCUGCAAGCUAACAAUGAUCUGUACUCGGUGACGGAAUUGUGAGAAAGGUUUGACUUUUAAGUUUGUUCUUAUGCAGCUUAAGUUCGACUCAAACAUCCCAUCCCUACUGCGCCACUCUUCUCAUACGCAAUCCGCGUGCGAAUGUGUGAUGUUGUGCGUCCGCACGUCCGCAUCGAGAGCAGGCUUCUCGGGGCGUGUCGGAAUGGGCGUGAAUGCCGGAAUGUGUUUUCCUGUCUAUUGCAUGAAUCUUUCACUCCUCACGUUCUCUUACACUAUACCGGAAAGUUCUUAUCUUAUAGCGAACGAAACAAAAAGCUCAUACGUAACGAAACGUAACUCGAACGGCACAAUUUCUUUCUCCACGAUUUCGGGAGAAUGUCUACUAGCAAUAGAAUAGGCAGUUAAGGAAAUCCCACAAGCGUAAAGCGGUUUGGGCGAAAUUUUAAUACAUGUCCCUUUGCUAGGGACACACAAUCGAUCGAAAUAUGCAAUAAGUAAGAUGCGUUCUCUGCCGGGGCCGGGCACAUUUACACGAAUGGCCCAGGCAGAUGGACUGUGGCCAAAACCGAGCGAAGCGUAGACACACGAACGAACAAAUGUCGAACCUUGUUAUAUGAUAAUGUCACCGAACAAAGGCCGCGGGAGGCGAAGCAAACGAUCAAACGAUCGAACCAAAACUCAAAUUUUUACACAAGCUGUACCGUUGAUGCAAAAUGUCGCGACUCUGUACAUAGAAAGCAAUCGAGAAACAAGAAGCGGACGGAGCGCGGGUGAACAAUUUUACUGUUAAUGUUAUUAAAUAUUGUCUUUUCCGACUAGCGUAGUGCAACCACAAAUUAAACAAAGUAAAAUAAGGAAGAUCUCUUUACUCUAUCAACAAUAGACAAACUUCAAUCCAAACUCGCCAAAUGUCGAAGCAAGCGAACGUGUGAAGAAUUCGAUUAUGCACGAACAGCGGACGUUCCGACAGUAGGAACGCAAGGUAAAAUAGUUUUGCACAGUUACGAAAAAAAAAAAACAAAACAAAAUUAAAAAAAAAACAAUCAAUCGAGACAUUCCUCCAACAGGACAUGCACAAUGGCGGUGGCAACCACGCGGGGAAAUAUAGCGCGAAACGAAUUAAGCCAGAACAGUUUAAGGCAGAAGCAGAACCUAAAGUUGUUCGCUCCUCGCGAUAAUUGUCAAGUGACUUACGAAUGAAACGGCGUAUUGAGCAAAACUCGGCUAAAGGGACACCAGUUGGCAGUAAGGUAACGAGAGAUAAAGCAUGAACGCAUAAUUAAAGUGAAAAGAUACACAAUAUUAUUUACAAAGCGUAAAAUUUAACUUUACUAUAGCUUGGUUGCUUACGAUUUUGUGUGAGAUUCAGAUUCUUUUAACUUUUUCCGGACUCUUUUAUUCGGACUCUUACUUUCACAACAUUUCUUCUUUUGAUAUGCUCCGUGUUUUGUCAGUUUUCUUAUCUAGUUUAUUUGUUGCGUUUUUUUUUUGUACAUCCGUAAGAUCUUUACAUUAUACCCCAUUUUUCUCGUUUAGUUACAUGUUCCAAAUAAUAUGUAGUACCGGUGGUCUAGUAAUAAGUGUAAGCAUGCAAUAGCAUGCUACAAAUAGGGAAUAGAGGGAGGAACGGAGAAGCGAGGCAGAAGUUUUUAUACCAAAUCCUGUAGAAGGGAAAAUAAUGAAAAGGUAAGGCAGUAAAGUGUAAGGAAUCAAUAAGGCGGGUUGGCGCUUAUAAGUAUGAAUCAAUUCCACGAUACAUAAGAGACUACAACAGACCCCCGGGGGGGUCGAGAUAGCAAAAUAGGAAUAGGAAACUUACAGUACACGUACACGAACUCGAUUUUCUCACACUUACACACCCGACCGCGCCUAUAACAGCGCGCGCCACCAGAAUGGCAAGUUAUUACAUGCGACAGCAUUAAUUAAUUCUCGAAACAAAUCAAAUUCUAAUCAUAGUUGAGGGGAAAGCGAACACCCAAGAAGAAAUCUCGUUGAAAGCAUUACAUUACAAAGACAAGCGAAGCGGUAGGCACAUGUAUCGUACUAAAUUAUACUAAGCAUAUGAUAAAGCAUUAAAGCAUUAAACGACGUUAUAACGCAGGAAGUAGGGAGGAGGGAACGCGGGUCGAAGAUGAUUGGUCACAACGUAGCUUAGACUGUUAGCACACAUGAUCACUACAUGGGAAAAUUUCCACAAAAGGAUGGCUCAACGUUGGGUAUAAAAAGCACGCAGUGCGGGAAGUCGGAAAUCCGAUCCUGCAAAUCAAAGUUUUCCCCUCCCCAACUACACGCAACUUACGGCACGUCAGCGUGGCGAAGGAGAAAGAUUGAUGUAGCUCAAAGUUAAAGCAGAAAUAGUCUGACCGAACAAGAGGAGGCGAAUUUUAUUAAUUUUCCUUUCGUUUUCAUCUUUUCUUGAAGCAGAACUAAAGAGCGUACAGUGUCACAGUGAUAGUUGCUGAUCGUCAUGCUCGCAAAGCUCAAACUCAGAUUAGCUGUACGGUGAGAAGGAUUCAUGGUUUUUUUCCCUAAUCUUCUUUCCUAAAAGCGAAUUUUGUUAACCAUUUGCAAAUAGAAAACCAACAACGUAUAUAAAAAAACUUCGAAGCAAAAUACAAAUAGCAAUAGACCGAGACUGGGUGGUUCGGUGCAGACAAAAGCUACAGCAAGCUGAGGAAGACAUACUUGCAGCGCAAAAGCAAGCAAGCAUUUUUCGGGUCAAUUUAUUAAUGUAUAAGAAUGGGAUGGAAUGUAAAGACAAACAAAACAAAACGGAAUCUAUUUAAAGCAUAAGCACUGUUUUGCUGAAUUUCGAAUCGUACCCAUUGCCCGUUACGAUGGGAAGGCUCUCACGUUGGUUAAAUGUUCUUUUUGGGCCUUUUGCAUCUAGUUUCCGUGAACAUCGCUUCUCCGCCCCCCUCCAGCAACAAUGCUGAUGCCACCAACGAGCCUAGCGCAAAUUUACAGUAUUUUAAAUUGACUUUUCAACCCCCCUAAAGGGCCAAAGUGAUACACGCGGGUCUCCCCCAUUGGCAGAUGACAAUGAUUUUACUGCAUAUACUACGUUCAGUUCAGUGCUGCGCUUGUGUUAAACAAAAAACCCCUUGCUAGAAACAUAACAGACCAGAACUGUCUCCCUAUCGCUUAAGUUGCGCCAAGUAGACUGAAACGAAGAGUUAACGAAGCAAAUGGUUAAGUAUGAUAGAGCUGCAGUGAAAAGAUCACAAACGUAAGGAAUAGAACCGCACACCACAAAUUAGGGAGAAAUGGUUGAGUUACUAGCUUCUCACGUUUUUGAUUAACUUCCAAGUUCCAACCGGGGUGAGCAGAGCGCGCUGCUACAAAACUGAACUAACCUACUGAGCUUUUCUAUAUCGGAGCAAUGUCCACGAUAGGGGAGGAAAUGAAAGCACACGCACACAUAAGCAUUUCGCAUUUUCAGUUAAACGUUUUCCUUCCCGUUUUGAAACGUGUAGCAGCAAGGCAAUUAAUAUUUCAAAAAAAACAGGCUUCAGGGCAAAAUGAAGCAUAAGUUUGAUUGAUUUUAAACAAAACAAUAACCUACGUUAACCGCCGGCGCUCAGUGAAAAAAUGGAAGAGUGUGGAGAGAGUCCACACCAUCCACGUGGAUAGAGCCAACGACAAACUAAACUUAUAAAGAAAGUAUGUAAGAGAAACAAAACAAACAAAACAAAACAAAAAAAAACCCUAUAGAAACUCCAGUCGGAACGCACUUGGUAACAGUUUGAGGAUGAUGUAGAUUAUGUCAAAACUUUUAGGACUUAUUAAUAUUUCGAUAAGGCGAUAAGGACAGUGGCAGUUAUCCGUAGCGUGGGGGCACAGUGCAGGAAUGGAAUAUGGUGUGAGGUGUGUGUGAGGGAAGAAUUUCUUUAAUGAUAGGCCAAUCGGGCAUAUGCCUGGCCGCGUUUUACACUACAACUUCGGCGGUAAGGACGGCGUCAUGUUGGAAGUGAGGAAAAGAGAGAGAGUGUGUGUGUGUGUGUGUGUGAGUGAGCGUGCGCGCGUGUGGUCGCUGCAGUAGGACCGAUUGUUUAAUGCUGUGUGAUGUUGCUAGUUUAUGAAGGGUGCCAUCUUGAUUAGAAAUGAAAACAAUUAAUCGUAAUUUAGGAGAACACACGAAACAGAACGCGACAUAAUAUGCGCCAUGGUCAUACACCGGACACAUUAUGCAUGUAUACACCUUCACCACGAACCCCCCCUCUCUCCUAGGAUAUAAAGGAGGGCGCAUAUUUCUCUCGGCUCUCGGUUCUGUUAAGUUUAGUGCUCGUUGUACUCGACUAGUUUUUUAUGUUUCUAUCUUCGUCCUAUUUUGCAUUUUAGUAGGUAAUUCCCCGGUAUAGGGUUUAAGCUCGUACAGUUUCUGUGCUUCAGAUCAGUCAGCGUGAGUGUGUGUAUGUUUCGGAAACAGUUUGAAGCGGAUUUCAGUUGCAAAUUUUAAGUUUCUGCACUUCUGCAGGGAAGCCACACGUGUACCGAUUUUCCGUUAGUUAGUAAAGUGUCGGUAUUUAUUUAAUAAUGUACACUUCACUUGUCCGUGCAUCACUUGCAUCUGGCCGAAUCGAUUAGUGUUUCAUAUUUAGUCAGUUUUACUUCCAUAAAGCAAAACACACGACAAACACACACGAUUGUGAAAAAGGAUUAAUAAACAAAUCAAAAUAAUUGAAAAA